AUGGCCCCUCGCAACCACGCCGCCUGGCUGAAAAGCAAAGGCGCCGCUGAGCUUGUCGUCGAAGAAGCUCCAUAUAGCCACCCCUCCGCUUAUGAAAUUGUUAUUCAGAACAAAGCAGUCGGCAUCAAUCCAGGCGAGGUCUCCGUCCAGAAGCUGGGAGUCCGCGUCAAUGGUUACCCGAGCAUCCUGGGAUCAGAAGUGGCCGGUAUCGUGGAAGAGGUUGGGUCGGGUUUGACGUCGGUGUUCAAGCCGGGAGAUCGCGUCGUCGCCAGGGCGAAUCGAAUGGUUGCCAACAAAUACGCCGGAUACCAGGAAUACGUCGUCCUGAGCCCACCGUUGUUGGCAAGAAUUCCGGAUCAUAUCAAAUUCACGGAAGCAGUGGUCUUACCAGUCGGUAUGACCACGGCUUCAUCGUGUCUGUUCGACAGCACCACCUUGGGGCUUGAGAUGCCUCCUGGAAGUGGAGGUCAAGGCAAGACACUUUUGAUAUGGGGUGCCAGCAGCGCGAUUGGGCUUGCUGGUGUGCAGUUAGCGGCCGCCGCAGGGUAUGAAGUGUUUGGCGUUGCAAGUCGCCAUAACCAUGAGCUGGUAAAGUCUGUCGGGGCGACUCGCUGUUACGACCGCCACAGUGUCAACGUCGUGGACGAGAUUGUGGCCGAUUUGAAAGGCAAAGAAAUUGUCGGAGCAUAUGACGCCAUAUCACAGAAAGAAACAACCACCGCCCUGUGUGAAAUACUUCACAGAAGCGGAGGGCGAAAGCUAAUCGCAGCUGUUCUGCCCGUGGAAGACUAUGUCAAACAUGACGUGGUGAUCAAAACGAACUUCACGGUGAACGUCGAAAAAUCCGGGAUUGGCCAGCACAUUUGGCAGGACUUUCUGGAGCCCGGACUCGCCUCAGGGGCUGUUCAGUGCAAGCCGGAUGCGGAGGUCGUUGGAUCGAGUCUCGAUGAUAUUCAGAAAGGCCUCAACUUGCUCGCCAAGGGUGUCAGCGCGAAGAAGAUCGUGGUGACCUUGGACGGAUAG